GAAACUACGUGUCGGCGGGAAAACGUCAUGAAGGGGCGUUGGAAUAGAACAGCUGUGGUUGCAUCAGAUAGACUGCUACCACAUCUUGAGCUGUGUUCGCGCAUUCAACGCGUGCAAUCGCGUGGUUGUGUGUAGCGCGCACUUCCUUGUUUAAGGUCUCUGACAAGGAAGGAAGGUGUCGCCGGCAGAGACUUAAAAAAAAAGAAAAACGAUCUUGGCCCGAGGGGUAGCUGCGAACACGGUGCAAACAGCUGUAAACACGCAGUUCUGUUAUCUUUUUUGCAUUCACCCAUUGAACCUUGGAGCGACGGCUUCUCCGGCUAACUGCCACUGUUGUGUUUUUUUUUUUUUCUCGCACGCGCGCACAGUUGCAUGCAGCAGUCGACAGCACGUCUCCGAGGCAGCUUGGGAGCUGCUCGACUAGCUCAACAGUUGAAACUUUAUAAGCAAACAUGAUUUCUCUCAUCAAUCAUACGGUUUUCUUCGUUAGGGACUUGUUCUGCUUAUACAUCCUGUCAGCUUACUACCUUCUCUGGGAGUGCCUACUGCGGAUAAAAAGCCAACUCUCACCGCAAGAGCCGAUUUCGUACCGCUCCAUGAUAAACAAAACUGUUGUGGUGACGGGAGGAUCAGGAGGAAUAGGGCACGAGACAAUGCGAGCGCUUUUAUCUCUGGGUGCUCGUGUUAUCGAUGGAAGUCCGGAUACCAACUGCAAGGAAGAGCGAAGGCGUUUGCUCUUGGAAGGCCACGCAACGGCACAAGUGGAACUCCUGCAUCUUGACUUGAGCUCAAUGGCUUCUGUGAAGUUAUUCGCAGAAAAGAUACUCCAGAGUGAAAGUAAAGUUGACGCCCUUGUUUGCAACGCUGGCGUGAUGCUGAUGCCAUACCAGGAAACUGAAGACGGCUUUGAGUCGCACAUGAGCAUCAACUACCUUGGCCACUGCCUCCUGACAGCCUUGCUGCUACCUCUGCUCAUUGCUGCCAGUAGCAAAGGACAAACUGCGAGGAUUGUUAAUGUAUCUUCAUGUGUACAUAAAGCUGGCCGCAUAAACAUAGAUGCUCUCAACAGCAGAAAGACAUACUCCUGUUACAAUGGUUACACUCAGUCAAAGCUGGCACAGGUGCUGUUCACAAAAGCGCUUGGAAGGCGUUUGCAAGCCAAGGGUAUUCCUGUGACCGUCAACUGUGUCCACCCAGGAAUUGUGAACACUCAGCUCUACCAGAGGGUAUGGUGGGCACCUCUAGUUGCUGGCCUUUUCUUCAGGACAACAGAAGAAUGUGUUAAGACAGUACUGCACGCAACGUUUUCGAGCGAGCUUGAAGGCAUCAGUGGCUGCUAUCUGGAGGAAUGUGCACUGGCUCAGUCGCUCUCCCUGUGCGACGACCUCUCUGUCCAAGAGAGACUUUGGAACAAGACGUGGGCGCUGCUUUGGCCAUGGUUGAAUGACCGAGCCAGUGCCGUGGAUAUCCUGCUCGCCUCUUGAAGUCGCCCGCUCAC